AUGAGCCUUGAUCUUGAACGUCAAAAAACUGUCGAGUCGGUUCAGCGAUUGACAAGAACUGCAACAGUUGCAUCUGUUAAACAGGAUGAACAAACCAUUAAAGAUUAUCAAAACCAAAUUUAUUCUUCUGCAAAACCUAAGUUUACAAAGGAAAAUGUGAAGAAUUACAUGAUCACAAGAUUGACACAACUUGUUCCUUCAAAAGAGAUCAUGAGAACAAAUAAGCGUCUCAUUAAUCCUAUUCCUGGAUUAAAGCAAGUUGAUAGAAGGCAAUGGUAUAAUAUAAUGGUUGCAUUUUGGUGUUGGAGUUGGGAUGCAUACGACUUUUUCACAAUUUCUCUUAAUAUAACACAACUCUCAGAGGACUUAGAUGUGAGUGUCAAAAGUAUUACGUGGGGUAUUACGUUGGUUUUAAUGCUACGUUCUAUCGGUGCUUUUGUUUUUGGUUAUUAUGGUGAUCGAUACGGACGAAAGUAUCCUUUGGCUGUCAAUAUGUUUCUUGUCACUCUUUUAAAAAUUGGAACUGGCUUUAUCAAAACGUACAAAGAAUUCUUGGCUGUGCGGUCUCUUUUCGGUAUUCUUUUAGGUGGGGUCUAUGGUAAUGCAACUGCAUUGGCCUUAGAUGAUUGUCCUGUUGAUGCUAGAGGAUUUGUUUCAGGAUUUGUCCAACAGGGAUACGCUUUUGGUUACUUAAUGGCUGUCAUAUUCAAGAGAGCUAUUGGUGACAAUAGUAAAUAUCACUGGAAGGCUAUGUAUUGGUUUGGUGCUGGUGUGUGCUUCAUUAUUGUUGUGGCAAUUUUGUUUGCCCCAGAGACUAAGGCAUACAGUAGGCAGAAGGAGGUUGAGGCAUUUAACCGAAAGCAUCAUAUCGAGCAACUGACAUUUAAGCAAAAGGCUCUAAGGGCUAUUAAAUGUUAUUGGCUUGUUAUAAUUUAUAUGAUCUUCCUAAUGUCCGGAUUUAAUUUUAUGUCUCAUGGCACACAGGAUUUGUAUCCAACAUUACUCACGGUUAGAUAUGGUUAUUCUAAUAACCGUUCCACUGUUACAAACUGUUUGGCAAACAUUGGAGCUUUCAUUGGUGGUAUUCUCGUUGGUAACUUCUCCAAUAUCUUUGGAAGAAGACUUUCAAUAAUGGUCUGCUGCAUUGUCGGUGGGGCUUUGAUAUAUCCCUGGGCAUUUUGUCCAGGGGCUGGUACAGACGUGGGAGCAUUUUUCCUACAGUUUUGUGUUCAAGGUGCUUGGGGUGUUAUACCAGUUCAUCUUUCCGAACUUUCUCCGCCUUCCUUCCGUUCUUUCGUUGUCGGUGUUUCAUACCAAUUGGGUAAUUUGGUGUCUUCGGCAUCAUCUACGAUUGAAACUACUAUUGGGGAAAGGUUCCCAAUGGAAUCGGCCAGCGGAAAGCAUAUUUAUGAUUAUGCUAAGGUCAUGGCCAUCUUUUCGGGAGCUGUUUUUGCCUUUGUUCUCUUUGCUACAUUUAUUGGUCCAGAACACAUGAAUGCAUCGUUCGAAAUAGUUCAGGGUUACGAUGAUGAUGAAGAAUUGAAACAGAUGUUGACCGAUGAAAUUCACAAAGUUGAUGUUCAGCAUAAUGAAAAUGCGGAAUCCGACUUGGAGGAAAAAUCCGGUAGUGUUUGCAGUACUGUCAGCGAUAACAAGAAAACUGGAAAAAAGUGA